AUGUUACAAGGCGGAGGACCAGCACCACCAGCAGCAGUACACAAGCAGGUGGUUGUGCAGCAGUUUCGGCGCGUGACCGUCGAUACGUACGACAAGCACCCCACCACCGAGGCUGCCGGCAAGAAAACCUUGGCUGAUGAUGUCCUGGAAGGUCUGGAUGUCCCCACUCACGUGCUCACAAAGGAAAGCAGCCGUGGAAAUGGAGGUGGGGCCUUGCAGGCGCAUCCUUUGACCGACAGCAAGACCUCCGCCACCGAUGAUGCGGAUAGCAGCGACGGAAUGUCAAUCAAGAGCGCGAACCACGACCUGUUCGCAGCCAACUCUGCACCGUCGACAUCAAGCGAUUCCGCUUCAGACGAGCCUCUAGACCACGUUGCCGAUAUAUACCCUCACGGAGACCGUCAAGGACCGAAUGUGGCAACAACGUCUGACGCACCACCGAUGUUGGUGCGCGCCGGCAACAAGGCGGCCGGAGAGCCCGAGGACAUGGUUGGCGAAAUAUUCCCUCAUGGUGACCAGCACUCUGCGAAGCAUGCGCACACGCCAACGACCAAACAUGGUGAUCAACAGCCUGCUGCUGCCAAGCAGACACACACCCACAAGUCCCAAGCUGCCCCCAGCAGCGACAGCACCAACACUGCCCAGUCUGCAUCAUCUGACGAUGACUCGCUCCCUGGAGAGUCGCUCUCGGACUUCAUGAAGGACGUUGCCCAGUCUACGUCAUCCGACGAUACCGCCCAGUCUGCAUCAUCCGGCAACGCCGUCCAGUCUGCAUCAUCCGACGAUACUGCCCAGUCUGCAUCAUCUAACGAUACUGCCCAGUCUGCAUCAUCCAACUACGACUCUGACUCGCUCCCACAUGAGUCGCUCGCUGACUUCCUUAAGGACAUUGCAGCUGAUGCAGCCACUGGGUCCCCACACGGAGAAGCGCAUGCCACACCAACAGCAUCCCCAGCUAAGAAAGCCAAGACUUCCUCCCACCACAAGACCGCAGAGCCACAAAGUGUGGUCAUGGAUAUUUUUCCACAUGGCGAUCAACAAUCUGCCAAGCCUGCUAAACACACCCAGAAGUCCCAAGCUCCCCCGAGCAGCAGUGUAAUCACCGAUACUGAUUCCAAGACAGCAGAACCACAAAGUGUGGUCAUGGAUAUUUUCCCGCAUGGCGAUCAACAAUCUGCCCAGCCUGCUAAACACACCCAAAAGUCCCACGCUCCCCCGAGCAGCAAUGCCGGAAGCGAUGCUGAUUCCAAGGAUGAUGUCCAGUCUGCAUCAUCCGACGAUACUGCCCAGUCCGCAUCAUCCGACGACUCUCGUGACUCGCUCCCGGAAGAGUCGCUCGCGGACUUCACGAAGCACACUGCAGCCGAGUCCCCACCAACAGCAUCCCAUGUUAAGAAAGCCAAAACUUCCUCCCACCACAAGACCGCAGAGCCACAAAGUCAUGUCAGUGAAAUCUUCCCACAUGGCGAUAAACACUCCGCAAAGCCUACGAAACAUACCCAGAAAUCCCAAGCUCCCCCGAGCAGCAGCGUGGGAACCGAUACUGAUUCCAAGACCGCAGAGCCACAAAGCCAUAUCGGUGAAAUUUUCCCACAUGGAGAUCAACACUCGGCCACGUCUGCUAAACAUACCCGGAAAUCCCAAGCUGCCCCCAGCAGCGACAGCAGCAGUGCCGUAGCCGACACUGGCUCCCUCCCGUCGGAGUCGUUCGAUGACUUCCUGAAGGAAGUUGCAGCCGACAAGAAAGCUCACCACCACGCACACUCACACGGCUCUUCUUCCUCGGAUCGCAAGAAGGUAGCAGCGCCGGUUGAUAACCAAGGAUCUGAUUCGAGUGGCGACGAUACGGACGAUGAUUCCCUCCCGUCGGAGUCGUUCAAUGACUUCCUGAAGGACAUUGCAGCCGACAAGAAAGCUCACCACCACGCACACUCACACGGCUCUUCUUCCUCGGAUCGCAAGAAGGUAGCAGCGCCGGUUGAUAACCAAGGAUCUGAUUCGAGUGGCGACGAUACGGACGAUGACUCCCUCCCGUCGGAGUCGUUCAAUGACUUCCUGAAGGACAUUGCAGCCGACAAGAAAGCUCACCACCACGCACACUCACACGGCUCUUCUUCCUCGGAUCGCAAGAAGGUAGCAGCGCCGGUUGAUAACCAAGGAUCUGAUUCGAGUGGCGACGAUACGGACAAUGGCAGUGAGGAUCUUCCCGCAAUGCCUCUUGACGAGCUCAUUUCUGAAACUGUCUCCGGCUCCCAGGCUCAGUCAUCUGCUCACGAUACUUCCGGCAAGCACCCCUCCAAGAAGACGGUUCACCGGCGCAGGCGUCGCAGGCGCAGGCGUCGUCGACUCAGCGUCGAUCACUUUGUCAACGACGGCCUGGCAGAGGACGACUCUCGGGUCAACAAACGCAUGGUGCAGUUAUCAGACGGCGGCGAUGCCGACAGCAACGAAGCAAAGGCCAAUGCCCAGGUGCAAGUCAUCGAUGGUGCCGACAGCGCACCAUUGUAGACAAGUGUGUUCGGCGUUCAGCUGCCACAGACCUGUACGUGAUCAUCACACAGACCACGGAACAACACGGCAGCUUUGUCCAAUGGCCGCUACAACAAGCUUCUCGUGCACUACCCGACGCUGUAGAAAUAUAUCUGCACGCACGCAACCCCUACUUAUUCUCCUGUUGUCAUGCCAACGUAUUGUCACAUCAUUUAAAAUCAGUCAGUAACAUAACACGCUCUUUGCUCUCUUCACAUCUCCUCUCUUUUCAAAUUUCUGAAUUUCUAGCUAUUAAACCCGUCUGAAUCACUAAAUCUCCGCUCUCAGAUUUCCCAGCUAACCCGGCCGAAUCACUACCAAUCUCAGUGUUCAGCCAUAUCGUAACUAGACUGCCCUGUAUCACGACACUCAGUGACUGUGUGUGUGUUUUACUCUUGCUACACAACACAGCACGUUGCCGGUGGUACCGCGGAUACGCGGACUUUUACACCGUAGCCAUAGCAUAGAAGCCAACA